GAUACGCGUUAAUGGGCCCAUUUCCCGCUCAGGAAAUUUCCCCAAACGAGAAUCAAAUUUCUGUUUGGAUUCGGAAGGAAUCCCCAUUCCCCCAUUUCCUAAUUCCUCUCUCCCUCUCUCUCUCUCUCUCUACAUGACAUUGACCAGUUUGGAUUUGCAUUCUCUCUCUACCUUGACGGGCCCAGCUUCCUCCUCCCUUCACGUUCUUUUCCCUCAGUCAUCGCCUUCACAUCCGACGAACUCUCUACCCUAUCCCAUCUUUUUAUUUGAUGCGCCGCGCAACACAUUCACAGCUUGUUCUUCCCUGAUCGCCCCAAGAAAUGAUUGCAAUCCCGUAUUUGACUGCUCUAACAACCUACUUCAGUUAUGGCUUGCUCUUCGUCUUCGGCCAGUUCAGAGACUUCUUCCGGAAAAUCAUCGACUGGUGGCGUUCUAGCAAUCUCCAGGGUUACGCCCCAAUCUGUUUAGGACUAGAGGAUUUCUAUAUACGCCGUUUGUAUCUUCGAAUUCAGGACUGUUUUGGGCGACCAAUAGCAAGUGCUCCUGAUGCUUGGUUUGACGUGGUUGAGCGUUACUCCAAAGACAAUAACAAGACUCUUAAGCGGACCACAAAGAUAAGUAGAUGUCUUAACUUGGGAUCAUACAACUACCUUGGUUUUGCUGCAUCAGAUGAAUAUUGUACACCUCGUGCAAUUGAAUCAUUGAAGAAAUUUUCUCCGAGUACCUGUAGCAGUCGUGCAGAAGGUGGUACAACAGUAUUGCAUAAUGAAUUGGAAGAGAGUGUUGCAAAAUUUAUCAGAAAACCUGCUGCCAUAGUUUUUGGCAUGGGAUAUGUGACAAACUCUGCCAUCCUUCCAGUCCUGAUUGGAAAGGGAGGUUUGAUUAUUAGUGAUUCUUUGAAUCACAACUCAAUUGUCAAUGGUGCUCGUGGAUCUGGAGCUACUGUUCGUGUUUUCCGCAAUAAUACUCCCUCUCAUCUGGAAGAAGUUUUAAGAGAACAAAUUUCUGAGGGACAACCUAGGACGCACAGACCUUGGAAGAAGAUAAUUGUUAUUGUAGAGGGGAUAUACAGUAUGGAAGGAGAGCUUUGUAAACUUCCUGAGAUUGUCACAAUUUGCAAAAAAUAUAAGGCAUAUACUUAUUUGGAUGAAGCCCAUAGCAUUGGAGCAGUUGGGAAAACAGGAAGAGGUGUCUGUGAGCUAUUAAGUGUGGAUCCUGCUGAUGUGGAUAUUAUGAUGGGAACUUUUACUAAAUCAUUUGGUUCAUGUGGUGGCUAUAUUGCUGGAUCCAAGGAACUUAUUCAAUAUUUGAAAUAUACUUCUCCUGCUCAUCUUUAUGCAACUUCUAUUUCACCACCAGCUGCACAACAAAUCAUCUCCGCCAUAAAGGUUAUUCUUGGACAGGAUGGUUCCAGUAGAGGGGCCCAGAAACUUGCACAAAUACGUGAGAACAGCAACUUUUUCAGGUCAGAACUGCAGAAGAUGGGCUUUGAGGUUCUUGGGGAUAAUGACUCUCCAGUAAUGCCAAUAAUGCUUUACAAUCCUGCAAAAAUUCCUGCCUUUUCACGAGAGUGUCUCAAGAAAAAUGUGGGUGUUGUAAUAGUUGGUUUUCCAGCAACCCCUCUACUGUUGGCAAGGGCACGCAUCUGCAUAUCUGCUUCUCAUACCAAAGAAGAUCUAAUUAAAGCCCUGGAGGUUAUCAGCGAAGUUGGUGAUCUUGUGGGUAUAAAGUACUUCCCUGACGAACCAAAUAAGCAGGAUGAGGAAAAGAUGAAAAAGAUCAACUAGGAAGAUUGUGUGUGUGUAUGUGUUUUUUUUUUUGCAACUGGGAAAAGAUGAAGAAGAUCAACUAGGAAGGAUUUGUGUAUCUUUUUGCCACGGUAAGAUUGAUAUGUGGGCAACAGGACAGAAAGAAUGUUAAGGCUCCACCGAUGAAAGAUGAAUAUUCCCCUCCGGGGCAAAUGAUAUGGCUGUUCUUUGAGUUGAAUUACCCGUUAUAUAUCAGUGUUCUUCCAUUUGUUUUUGUUCUGUUGUGCUCUCUGUAAAGAGAGUUGAUUUCUGGGUUUUGGUCCCCCUGAGAGUGCCUCCUUGUUCAUAUAUGUACAUUUGUUGGUGCUGGCUCUUUAUUUAUCUUGUAGUUUAAGUAGGCACCUAGUUUUUGCCUAGCCUUCACAAUAAUUUGCACAGGCAGAGCUUUUUGGCUUAUGCUUUUGUAUGUAAAGAUGCAUUCAGAUCUGAAUAUUGUGGAGUUUUAUUUAUAAAGUUUCUUUUCAGCCAAAUAAA